AUGGCCACCAACAACGAACUCUUGGACGACGUAAUCUUUGCAGCUCGCAGUGGCGAUCUCGACGAUCUCAAGAAUGCCAACCCCAAUGCAGACUACUUUGUCACCAAAAAUGAUAUGGGCAACACUGCUCUUCACAUGGCAAGUGCCAACGGACAUGAAGAUGUGGUAGCAUGGAUGGUUGAAAAGCUCGCUGAAAGCAAGGGCGAUCAACUUAAGGCUGUAGUGAACGUUCAAAACGAAGAGGGCAAUACACCUUUGCAUUGGGGCGCGUUGAAUGGUCAUUUGGCUGUUGUCGAAAUUCUUGUCAAGAACGGUGCUGAUUGCAAGAUCAAGAACAAGAUGGGCAAGACCCCCAUUUAUGAAGCUCAGCAACGCACUCACGAAAAGGUGGCCGAGUUCUUUUUGGCAACCAUGAUUGAUGAAGAGCCUGAUGAACCUGUGGAUGAAGACGAGCAAUUUGUCGAGAACGGAUAUCAAAAGCAAUAA